AUGCCAGGCACAGUUAUUCCCCCAGUUCCACAUCGCCCUCCUGUUGCACCGACACAAGAAGCUUUGGAGUAUGCUGACCUCGCAAUCAUUGAUCUUGCCAAGGCAGAGACUGCAGAAGGUCGCGCUGAGCUAGCCGUUCAACUACGAGGGGCCUUGUCUACACAUGGGUUCUUCUAUGUCAUCAAUCAUGGUUAUACACAAGCUCAGAAUGAACGUAUAUUCGACAUCGCCGAUCUUCCUUUCACCCAUUUUUCGGAGGAGGAGAAGCGAGAGUACGCCGCGAAGAUAGUAGAAGGAGGCUCGUUUCAAGGUUUCAAAGCGCGGGGUUUUUGGGUCCUCUCUUCUCUCUGCACCAUCGAUGCCGGCGUUCGCGACCAACUAGAGCAUUACAAUAUCAACCACGACAUUACGCGAAAGCAGCAUCCAGAAGUCCUGCGUCCUCUUUUGCCAGAGAUAGAAGCCUUCAUAACAUUCAAUCACGUUGAGAUAUUACAUAAACUCCUGCGACUUUAUGCGAUAGGUUUAGAGAUACCAGAAGAUACAUUCAUCAACCAGCACAACUAUUCUGCGCCAAGCUACUCAAUAGACUUUCAUUAUCCGAGAUCGGAAGAUGACGAGACGAAGACGAAAAAUACCUGGUUGAAAGGUCAUACCGAUAUUGGAAGCGUCACCAUCCUAUGGAGCCAACCAGUCUCUGCGCUCCAGAUCAUGUCGCCAGACGGGAAGUGGCGCUGGAUUAGACAUAUCGAGAAUGCCCUUGUGGUGAACUCAGGCGAUGCGAUGGAGUACCUCUCCGGAGGCUUCUACAAAGCAACCAUUCACCGUGUUGUCCAGCCGCCCCCGGACCAACGUGGCCUGACCCGCCUUGGGGUCUUCUACUUCGCCAUGACCGAUGACGACGUGAGGCUAAUUCCACACGCGGAGAGCCCGGUUCUCCAAAGACAUGGGAUUGUGCGGCGUGUUCCCGAUGCUAGCGCCCCUACGAUGGAAGCUUAUCGAAAGGGAAGAACAAGCUCAUAUGGCCUGAUCGAGUUGCAGAAGAAAGGGAAUGGGGUUGAGGAGGAGAUAGUUGCCGGAAUUGUGGUGAAGCAUUACCAUUGA